GUUCAAAUGGAUGGUUAUGCUGUCAGUUUUCGUGCUCCUGGUACAGCUUUUCUUUCCAUAUAUGGUGAACUCUUGAAACUGGAUGCAGUUGAGACAGGAGAGAAAAGCCAUUUGGAUUAUCGGCUUCUUGUUUCUGUGUGCACGACAUCUAUUAUUCGGAAGCCGGGGGCAUUCUCUCUCCCACAGAAACAUAUUCUUGUUGUGCUGAUGUCCGAGUAG